AUGAUGACACCAACAACUACAGUUCCUGCGAUUCGAAUCGUCGCCAAUUCCACAAUCAGACAAUCCGCCCGGCUGCUUUUUGCGCGGACUUAUGCGACCCAGACUGGACUUGGAGCUACGGCGACGUCAAAGCCCAAACGAAGGAGCGUAACUCCGUUUAAUGACACCGGAUUUGUGCCAUGGAGUGAAUUAUCAGCCACUGAGAAGGCGGCGAGGGCAACCCAGCAGUCAUACAACUUUGGCAUGAUUAUAGUCGGCCUGGUUUUAACUGGUGGCGUUACGUAUUUCCUAUGGACAGAUGUCUUUUCUCCCGAGAGUAAAACGAGACAGUUCAACAGGGCUGUCGAUAGAAUUAAGAAAGACCACAGAUGCCUUGAGCUUCUAGGUGAUGCGAACAAAAUUUCAGCUCAUGGAGAUGAGACCUUCAACAAAUGGAGAAGAGCACGACCCAUCACAUCCACCGAGAGGAUGGAUGGUCAGGGUAAUCAACAUCUCAUGAUGCAUUUUUACGUUGAGGGUCCUAAAGGGAACGGAGUAGUGCAAUGCCACAUGGUGAUGCCUCGUGGUGAGAGCGAAUACGAUUACAAAUACCUAUUCGUGGAUGUCAAGGGACACGAAAGAAUUUACCUGGAAAAUGCAGAUACUGCCAAGGCACGGGCAGGCAAGAAGUCUGUGAGCUUCUUCGGAGUCAAAUGGGGUUAAAAAUAGGUGGGAUACGGCGCUUCAAGGUGUUGUUUUGCCCUCCUCUCAAGGAGAUGGCCCUGGAAUGGCGCAUUAUGAAUGGGCAGCUUUCAUCAACCCAAUCCCGGAUGGUGUUUAUGUAUAACUAUACGCGUAUGACGAGAUGAUUCAUGUUUUGUGCUUCAUCUAUAUCUUCGAAGACGGCCUUUAGGCUCAUUGAUUCUUGUUCAGCCUAUUCUUUCCGGAACAAUCUGACACACAGUGGAAUUAUCUGGAUGUUGACGGCGGCUGAACGGAGCCUAUUUCGGUAUGUUGCUUCCGGACGGAAUGCAAUAUAUCGAGUCUCUCACGUCUCGUUGUCCUCUGUUACAGUUUUCCUAUCGUCCGAGUCAAUUGCGAUUCUCCUUUGAAAAGUGAUCCGGAUAAUACUGAUUCGCCCCUUACAGC